AUGCGGCUUAUCUGGGAAGAGAAAGGGUAUGCAUCACUGGGUCUAACAGCACAAAAUUUAAGAGAUAAAGCUGCUCACAUAAUAAAGGCUCGCGAAGAUAAUCAGCAAUAUGACGAGGAGACAAAUGGGAGUAACAAUAACAGUGAUGAGCUAGUAAACGAAAAUCGGCAACAAGAUCAGUAUGAAAACAUACAUACUCGUGAAAAUGUAUGUAUUAACGAGGAAGUAAUAAAUGCAAAUCAGGAGAACUGUUUGUUCAUCGUGUAAAUGUUGCUUACGAGGAAAUUGUAAAGUGAAGGCGAAAUAUCUUUCUAUUGCCAUCAGGGAAGGCCGGAAAAGCAUUUAUUCCAGAACUAGCUAGACUAUAUCAAUCGUAUGCAGAUAAUUCCCCUUUAUAAGGCAUUGCUUUAAAAGCAUGCUCAGUCAUGUAGAGCCUGUUGUUACAAAAUGCUGCAGGGAAAGACAAGACAAGCUGUUCGUUUGAUUUCUAGUGCAAAUAAGGGAGAUUUGUUAACUAUUGAUUCCCCAAUACCUGUCAGAGAAAAUGAAAACGGUGAUAUUGAAUGGAAAACAAUGCGUGAAGUCCUACUUGAAAAGCAUCCGCAUGCCUGUCCUCCUGUUGCAAAAACACUUCUCACAGUGACAGACAUGGAUGAACUAUGUCACGAUCCAGUUAUAUUUGAGAGAAUUACGGGCGAGGCAAUAAAGAUUGCAGCAAACAACCACAGGGCACGGCUGGUCCUUCAGGAGUUGAUGCAUAUUCUUGGCGUCAUUUUUGUUCGUCGUUCAAAAGUGCCUCGGUUGAUCUAUGUAAUGCGCUGGCAGGAGCAGCUGGUCGUCUGUGUACCUCCCUGUCAACUUGGAGGGCCUAUCAGCUUUUGUGGCCUGCCGACUCAUACCAUGUGA